AUGUCAAGCAAAAUCCAAGACAAGGAAGGCAUUCCACCGGAUCAGCAGAGACUGAUCUUUGCUGGAAAGCAGCUGGAGGACGGUCGUACCUUAUCGGAUUACAACAUUCAGAAGGAGUCGACGCUGCAUCUGGUUCUUCGUCUUCGUGGUGGUGUUAAAAAAUGGUACCCGGGUAUAAGCGCAUUUACAGAUGACGUAAGAGACCGGGACGAUUUUCUAGAAAGUUCGGUGAUUAACACCUACAUGGGGAUACUUAAUACCGGCAUUACACUGAAAGCGGCUUUAAAUGGUUCCCGUCCCGAUACUACAUUUGCCGUUCUUUCAUUUAAGGCUGGUAUUGUCAGCGCAUUGUCGUGA